UGAGGCUUCCCCGCUGCGGCGCUGAACUUGCCCCUGUCGCUGUGAUUUUUAGGGCUGCCGACAGCUCCAAGCUGGGCUCGCGCCCCGCCCACCCCCCGGGCAUUGGCUGCGAACGCGGAAGAACCGAGCCCUUGCCCCGCGCCCGCACCCGCCAAUGGAAGCGCCCGUUCGGCUUGAUGGACGCUCCACCUUCCGCCAAUGGGAACGAAGGGAAGCCCGAGCGUGUGGCCCCGGCGAGUGCUGAUAAAAGCCGCCCCGCCGGGCUCGGGCUUCAUUCUGAGCCGAGCCCAGAGCCAAGCGCAGCUAGCUCAGUAGGCGACGGCGGCGGCCUGAGCUUCAGGGCAGCCAGCUCCCUCCCGGUCUCGCCUUCCCUUGCGGCCAGCAUGAAAGCCUUCAGUCCCGUGAGGUCUGUUAGGAAAAGCAGCCUGUCGGACCACAGCCUGGGCAUCUCCCGGAGCAAAACCCCGGUGGACGACCCGAUGAGCCUGCUGUACAACAUGAACGACUGCUACUCCAAGCUCAAGGAGCUGGUGCCCAGCAUCCCCCAGAACAAGAAGGUGAGCAAGAUGGAAAUCCUGCAGCACGUCAUCGACUACAUCUUGGACCUGCAGAUCGCCCUGGACUCGCAUCCCACUAUUGUCAGCCUGCAUCACCAGAGACCCGGGCAGAGCCAGACGUCCCGGACGCCGCUGACCACCCUCAACACGGAUAUCAGCAUCCUGUCCCUGCAGGCGUCUGAAUUCCCUUCCGAGUUAAUGUCAAAUGACAGCAAGGCACUGUGUGGCUGAAUAUGCGGUGUUCAUGGCUUCUUUUUCUUUGCACAACAACAACACAUCCACAGAAUCUUUUAAGUGCUGAACUUAUUUUUCAACCAUUUCGCAAGGAGGACAACUUGAAUGGACCUUUUUAAAAAGAAAAAAAAAAAAAUGGAAGGAAAACUAAGAAUGAUCAUCUUCCCAGGGUGUUCUCUGACCUGGACUGUGAUAUUCGUUAUUUAUGAAAAAGACUUUUAAAUGCCCUUUCUGCAGUCGGAAGGUUUUCUUUAUAUACUAUUCCCACCAUGGGGAGCGAAAACGUUAAAAUCACAAGGAAUUGCCCAAUCUAAGCAGACUUUGCCUUUUUUCAAAGGUGGAGCGUGAAUAGCAGAAGGAUCCAGUAUUCAGUCACUUAAAUGAAGUCUUUUGGUCAGAAAUUACCUUUUUGACACAAGCCUACUGAAUGCUGUGUAUAUAUUUAUAUAUAAAUAUAUCUAUUGAGUGAAACCUUGUGAACUCUUUAAUUAGAGUUUUCUUGUAUAGUGGCAGAGAUGUCUAUUUCUGCAUUAAAAAGUGUAAUGAUGUACUUAUUCUUGCUAAACUUUUUAUAAAAGUUUAGUUGUAAACUUAACCCUUUUAUACAAAAUAAAUCAGUGUGUUUAUUGAAUGGUGAUUGCCUGCUUUAUUUCAGAGGACCAGUGCUUUGAUUUUUAUUAUGCUAUGUUAUAACUGAACCCAAAUAAAUACAAGUUCAAAUUUAUGUAGACUGUAUACGAUUAUAAUAAAACAUGUCUGAAGUCA